AUCAAAAAAUUGUGAAUUUGACUACAAGGAUCACAAGACUUAGGGAGGCCGAUUAUAUGUUUCAAAGAUAUGCUGCAUUUAGGUUUGCCACUUUUUCAAUAACUGAAAGAAGAGCAACUGACUAAUUACUUGGGUGAAGCUGAAAGGGAAACGAUAAAAAUGCUUGGAAAUAUAUUUUCUCAACCUCGCAUGAAUUUAAGUGGUUCAGGUGCUCUUUCUCACGUUUAUAUACAGCAGCCACCUCUACGGUGCAGCAUUCCUGAAACACAAGGGCUAUUUUAUGAUGAUGGGAAUAAAUUACUUCUUUCCCCAACAUCUGAUCAGGUUUUAUCAUGGAAAAUAGGUAACUCUACUCAAGUUGAUCCACCUGAUUCAGAUUCAAUUAGUGAAGGGCCAGUUCUAUCCAUUCGAUAUUCUCUUGAUAAAAAGGUCAUAGGGAUUCAACGGUCAAAUCAUGAGAUCCAGUUCAAAAAUAGAGAAACUGGGGAGACCUUCAGUAGGAGAUGUAGGCCGGAUUCUGAGAGCAUACUUGGCUUCUUUUGGACAGACUCUCCAUAUUGUGAUGUUAUAUUUAUAAAGACAAGCGGUAUUGACUUACUUUCUUAUGAACCUGAAUUGAAUACCCUGCGCUUGGUUGAAGCUAAAAAGUUCAACGUGAGCUGGUAUAUUUACACACAUGAAAGUCGGAUGGUUCUUCUUGCCUCUGGGAUGCAAUGCACUAUUUUCUAUGGUUUUCAGUUUUCUUCUGCUGAGGUUGUUCGCUUGCCUAAAUUUGAGAUGACAUUGUGCAAGCCUGAGGCAAACCAGAAACCUGUUCUUGCUGCUGAGGAUGUCCAUAUUGUCACUGUGUAUGGUAGGAUAUAUUGCCUACAGGUUGAUAGGGUUGGCAUGAUCCUAAAUUUGUAUAGGUUCUAUCGUGAUGCUGUCGUGCAACAGGGGACUCUGCCUAUUUAUUCAAGUCGUAUAACAGUCAGUGUGGUGGAUAAUGUACUUCUUGUUCAUCAAAUAGAUGCAAAGGUUGUUAUACUGUAUGACAUUUUUCUAGAUUCCCUAGCACCAGUAUCUGCUCCUCUUCCUCUCCUACUGAGGGGACCUUGUUGUAACAAGCAAAUAGAUAGCGAGCAAGGAAACUUGAACAAUGCUUAUGGAGGGAUGAUCUACGGAGAUAGUUGGAAGUUUCUUGUUCCAGACCUUAUUUGUGAUGUUGAUAAUGGCAUGUUAUGGAGGAUAUUCUUGGAUCUGGAUGCUAUUGCUGCCAGCAGCUCGGAUAUUCCGUCCCUUCUAGAUUUCCUUCAGCGACGAAGGUUGGAGCCAAAUAAGGUUAAGCUGUUGUGCCUGGCAAUUAUGCGGACAAUUAUCCUUGAAAGGAGACCUAUAUCUAUCGUCUCAAGAGCGAUAGAUGUACUUGUUGCUUCUUAUUCUCAAUUGGUUAAAUUGGGAAAUGCUCUUGGAGGUGGAGAUAGACGAGCUUCGGAAAAGUCCCAAUAUUCUGGUGUCCAGCACACUAUCAGCUCUGGGGCGUUGCCUCAGGAAGCUAAAUCUGUUGCUCAAGGUUCUAAGUUUGAUGGAGAUGCAAAUUUGGAAAGGCAUGAAAAGUCAUUAUCAGGCGAUAUACAGGACAUACAAGAUAGGGAGGCUAUAAAUAAUAUGAAAGGUCAAACCUCGGGUGUUAAUUUGGGACAAUCACUGAUGGAGUCUGGUGUUCAGCAUAAUAACAAUCCAGUGGAAGCGUCUGUUUCUCCACAAAUGGGUUCACAGAAUGUGAAUGUAGCAAUUUCUCCUGAUGAAAUGUACCAUUUUAUCCUUGCUGUUGUAGAGGAUGAAAUGGUUGGUGACCCUUCAUACUUGGUUUCUGUCAUCAUAGAAUUUCUUCGGAGUGUUUCGAAGGAAAUUUUUAAAGUCCAUCCAAAUGUUUACGUGAUGACAAUCCAACUGCUCACCCGCAGCAAUCGCGAUGCUGAACUUGGGUUGUUCAUUAUAAACAAGAUUAUUGAACCUUCUAAAGAAGCUGCUCUGCAACUGUUAGAGUCUGGCCAUGAUAAUUUGCAGACUAGGAAACUGGGAAUAGAGAUGCUUAGACAGCUGUCUCUGCAUCAUGAUUAUGUCAAUAUUCUGCUACAAGAUGGACACUAUCUUGAAGCUCUUCGCUAUGCGAGAAAAAAUAAGGUAAUUACAGUGCGGCCAUUGUUAUUCCUUGAAGCAGCACUUGCCUCCAACAAUUCACAGCAUCUUGCAGCGGUGUUGAGGUUCUUUUCUGACUUCACUCCUGGCUUUAAGAGCACAUCAGAAUUCACGAGGUUUCACCAGAUUCUGACUGAAAUGUAUUGAAGGGGCUUCCAUUGCCAACUAUAAACAAUGUUUACUUGUUCCUUUGUCUGGACUACACGUUACAGUUCCGAGGUUACUCAAUGGCAAUCCCUCUGGAGAUUUGUGGAGAGUUUUCACUUUUUUCUGCUGGAUUCAGCUUUUGUAGAUUUACUCCCAUAUUUUGUAAUUCUGGGGACACUUGGCUUUUGAUAAGGGGAAUAAAGUUGUGAAAAUUGAAUGUUGCGUCAAUUUUAUGAUCAUCUAAUAAUCCCACCAAGUACUAAACAUGUAACUUUGUGCAUGUGUAUUCUGUUGUCUUUGCACCAUUACGUAUGUCUGAUUGUGUCAUUUUCAGUUG